CACACUGUCUCCGUGAAUCGUGUGCUUCCACUUCUUUCACCAACGCACCCUCUCACCACUUUACACCUUCCAGUUCAACCCCCUACCCAACACCCCUCUCCCACCUCUCCACCUCUCUCUCUUUCUCUCUCUCUCUCUCUCUCUCAGACUCAAUCUUGUGUGCUAGAACUGUUCUUGUGGUUUAUUAAUAUGGUGUGAGCUGGGUGUCGUGAAAGACUAUGGUGUUUUUCUUGGAGUCUUGAUCUGGAUUUUUACUGAAGGCGAUUUUUGCUGAAGGCGGCUCCCGAGAUUGAAAGGUUGUGAGCUUGAGGUGGCAAGAGAAUGUCAUCCCUCGACUCGGGGCCACAGGGCCUGACAAGGCGGCCUUCCCGCAGCUCCGCCACCACCACCUUCUCCACCGAGGUCUUCGACCACGAGGUCGUCCCCUCUUCCCUCGGUUCCAUCGUACCAAUCCUCCGCGUCGCAACGGAGAUCGAACCCGAGCGUCCGCGCGUCGCCUAUCUCUGUCGGUUCUAUGCGUUCGAGAAGGCGGAUCGCUUGGAUCCGAACUCGAGCGGUCGUGGUGUCAGGCAGUUCAAGACAGGUCUCCUGCAGCGACUAGAGCGGGAAAAUUCGUCGAGUCUGGCCUCUCGCGUUAAAAAGUCGGAUGCGAGAGAAAUCCAGAGCUUUUACCAGCAAUACUAUCAGAACUAUGUUAGAGCACUGGACAAGGGGGAGCAGGCUGACAGAGCCCAACUGGGCAAAGCUUACCAGACAGCAGGGGUGCUUUUUGAAGUGCUUUGUGCAGUUAAUAAGACUGAGAAAGUUGAAGAAGUUGCUCCUGAGAUUAUUGCGGCUGCCACAGAUGUCCAAGAAAAGAAGGAAAUCUAUGCACCAUAUAACAUUCUUCCUCUCGAUUCUGCUGGGGCCACACAGUCUAUCAUGCAGCUUGAAGAGGUCAAGGCUGCUGUGGGUGCACUAUGGAAUACUCGUGGCUUGAACUGGCCUACUGAAUUUGAGCGGCACAGGCAGAAAGCAGGAGAUCUAGACCUUCUUGACUGGCUCAGGGCCAUGUUUGGAUUCCAGAGAGACAAUGUCAGGAACCAGAGGGAGCAUUUGAUUUUGUUACUUGCCAAUAAUCAUACAGCUUUGCAUCCCAAGCCUGAGCCUCUUAAUAAGCUCGAUGAGCGAGCUAUUGAUGCAAUCAUGGACAAGCUGUUUAAGAACUACAAAACGUGGUGCAAGUUUUUGGGACGUAAACACAGUCUACGUCUUCCUCAAGGGCAACAAGAAAUUCAGCAACGAAAGAUGCUUUACAUGGGUCUGUAUCUCCUAAUCUGGGGUGAAGCAGCUAAUGUGCGCUUCAUGCCAGAAUGCCUAUGCUACAUUUUUCAUAAUAUGGCAUAUGAGCUCCAUGGCUUGUUGGCUGGAAAUGUCAGCAUCGUUACUGGAGAAAACAUUAAGCCUUCUUAUGGUGGAGAUGAUGAGUCUUUCCUGCGGAAGGUUAUAACGCCACUUUAUCGUGUAAUUGAAAAGGAAGCGAAGAAGAGUAAACAUGGAAAAGCUCCUCACUCAUCUUGGUGCAACUAUGAUGAUCUUAAUGAGUAUUUUUGGUCGUCUGAUUGCUUCUCUCUGGGUUGGCCUAUGCGCGAUGAUGGUGAUUUCUUCAAAUCAACGCGUGACAUGGUGGCUCAGGGAAGAAAGGGAUCCAAUAGAAAAUCUGGAAGCACGGGUAAAUCAUAUUUUGUUGAGACACGGACAUUCUGGCACAUCUUUCGAAGUUUUGAUCGUUUAUGGACCUUUUAUAUACUGGCUCUGCAGGCAAUGAUAAUUAUUGCAUGGCAUGAUAAUCUUUCACUAUCGGACAUCUUUCGAACGGAUAUGCUGCAUAACCUUUCCAGUAUUUUCAUCCCAGCAUCCUUCCUUCGCUUCCUUCAAAGUAUUUUGGACCUUAUUCUGAACUUCCCGGGCUAUCAUAGGUGGAAAUUCACUGAUGUGCUGAGAAACAUUCUCAAGAUGGUUGUUAGUCUUGCAUGGGCUGUCAUUCUUCCACUGUUCUAUGUGCAUUCCUUUGUGGCCCCUAACAAAAUUAGAGAUGUGCUGUCACGGCUUCAUGAAAUAAAGGGCAUUCCUACUUUAUAUGUUGUGGCUGUGUUUUUAUAUUUGCUUCCAAAUUUACUGGCAGCAGUGUUGUUUAUUUUUCCAAUGCUCCGACGUUGGAUUGAGAACUCAGACUGGCAUAUCAUAAGGUUUCUUUUGUGGUGGUCACAGCCCAGGAUUUAUGUUGGAAGGGGGAUGCAUGAAAGUCAAUUUGCACUUCUAAAGUAUACUAUAUUUUGGGCUCUACUUCUGUGUUCCAAAUUUGCAUUUAGCUAUUUUAUUCAGAUAAAACCUUUGGUGAAGCCAACAAAAUCUAUAAUGCGUAUCAACCUUGUUCAUUAUGCUUGGCAUGAAUUUUUCCCUCAAGCUAAAAAAAACUAUGGUGCAGUUGUCUCUCUCUGGGCACCAGUUGUUUUGGUUUAUUUUAUGGACACUCAAAUUUGGUAUGCUAUUUACUCAACCUUGUAUGGUGGUAUUGUUGGGGCCUUUGAUCGUCUUGGAGAGAUACGAACUCUAGGGAUGCUAAGGUCUCGGUUCCAGUCUCUACCUGGUGCUUUCAACACAUGUUUGGUGCCCUCUGAUAAGACAAAGAAAAGGGGAUUUUCUUUAUCAAAACGUUUUGCUGAGGUUCCAGCAAGCAGGAGAAGUGAAGCUGCAAAAUUCGCUCAGAUAUGGAAUGAAGUGAUAUGUUCUUUCCGUGAAGAAGACCUCAUAAGUGACGGGGAGAUGGAUAUGUUGUUAGUUCCUUAUUCAUCAGAUCCUAGCCUGAAAAUAAUUCAAUGGCCACCAUUUUUACUUGCUAGCAAGAUCCCUAUAGCACUGGACAUGGCUGCUCAAUUUCGAUCCAGGGAUGCUGAUCUUUGGAAGCGUAUAUGUGCGGAUGAAUAUAUGAAAUGUGCUGUGAUUGAAUGCUAUGAAUCUUUCAAAUAUCUCCUGAACAUUUUGGUUGUUGGAGAAAAUGAGAAAAGGAUGAUUGGCAUCAUUAUUAAAGAAAUUGAAAGCAACAUUUCAAAGAACACGUUUCUUGCAAAUUUUAGAAUGAGUCCUUUGCCUACUCUUUGCAAGAAAUUUGUGGAACUUGUGGAGAUCUUGAAAGAUGGUGACCCGUCCAAGCGAGACACUGUGGUGCUAUUGCUACAAGACAUGUUAGAAGUAGUAACCCGUGAUAUGAUGGUGAAUGAGAUUCGUGAAUUGGCGGAACUUGGUCAUGGUAACAAGGAUUCUAUCUCUAGAAACCAACUUUUUGCUGGUACCAACCCAAAACCAGCUAUAAUAUUCCCUCCUAUCGUUACAGCCCAAUGGGAAGAACAGAUUAGACGUCUCUAUCUCCUCUUGACGGUAAAAGAAUCAGCCAGUGAUGUUCCAACAAACCUUGAAGCAAGAAGAAGAGUUGCAUUCUUUGCUAAUUCAUUGUUCAUGGAUAUGCCCCGAGCUCCUCGAGUCCGUAAAAUGCUUUCAUUCAGUGUCAUGACUCCAUAUUAUAGUGAGGAGACCGUCUAUUCUAAAAGUGACCUUGAGAUGGAGAAUGAAGAUGGUGUAUCAAUCAUAUACUACCUACAAAAAAUCUUCCCAGAUGAAUGGAAUAACUUCAUGGAGCGGCUGAAUUGUAAAAAAGAGAGUGAGGUCUGGGAAAAUGAAGAGAACAUUUUGCAUCUACGUCAUUGGGUGUCCUUAAGAGGACAGACCCUCUGUAGAACAGUUAGAGGGAUGAUGUAUUACCGAAGGGCACUGAGGCUUCAGGCCUUUCUUGACAUGGCUUCUGAAAAAGAGAUUCUGGAAGGCUACAAAGCUUUUACAGUUCCAUCAGAAGAAGAUAAGAAAAGUCAGAGAUCCACAUAUGCCCAAUUAGAGGCUGUUGCCGACAUGAAAUUCACAUAUGUGGCUACCUGUCAGAACUAUGGGAAUCAGAAGCGGAGUGGAGAUCGCCGUGCCACAGACAUUCUGAAUUUGAUGGUUAACAAUCCAGCUCUCCGAGUAGCAUACAUUGAUGAAGUUGAAGAAGGAGAAAAUGGAAAGGUACAGAAAGUAUAUUACUCGGUCUUGGUUAAAGCUGUUGAUACACUUGAUCAGGAAAUCUACCGUAUAAAAUUGCCGGGCUCGGCAAAAGUAGGAGAAGGGAAGCCUGAAAAUCAGAACCAUGCUAUAGUUUUUACACGAGGUGAAGCUCUUCAGACCAUUGACAUGAAUCAGGACAAUUACUUGGAAGAAGCUUUUAAAAUGCGUAACCUUCUGGAAGAAUUUAAGGAGGAUCAUGGAGUGCGUCCACCUUCAAUUCUAGGUGUUCGUGAGCAUAUCUUUACUGGAAGUGUGUCUUCUUUGGCUUGGUUCAUGUCGAAUCAAGAAACAAGCUUUGUCACCAUUGGACAAAGAGUGCUUGCAAGACCUUUGAAGGUUCGAUUCCACUAUGGUCAUCCUGAUGUGUUUGAUAGACUUUUCCACAUUACUCGUGGUGGAAUUAGCAAGGCUUCUGCGGGCAUUAAUUUGAGCGAGGACAUCUUUGCUGGUUUCAAUUCAACACUAAGGCGUGGGAAUGUUACUCACCAUGAAUAUAUUCAAGUGGGGAAGGGACGUGAUGUUGGGCUCAAUCAAAUCUCACUGUUUGAAGCAAAAGUGGCCUGUGGCAAUGGGGAGCAGACACUCAGUCGAGAUGUCUAUCGAUUAGGUCACCGUUUCGACUUUUUCCGCAUGCUAUCAUGUUAUUUUACAACAGUGGGAUUUUACGUCAGCUCAAUGAUUGUUGUCAUUACUGUCUAUGUUUUCUUGUACGGCAAACUGUACCUAUCACUGAGUGGAUUAGAGGAGGCAAUAAUUAAGUUUGCUAGGUCUAAAGGAGAUCAUGCUCUGAGAACAGUUAUGGCUUCACAAUCCCUUGUUCAAAUAGGUCUUCUGAUGGCUUUGCCCAUGCUCAUGGAGAUUGGACUUGAAAGGGGCUUCAGAACUGCAUUAGGUGACAUGAUUAUCAUGCAGCUUCAGCUGGCCUCCGUCUUCUUCACCUUCUCACUUGGAACGAAGGUGCAUUAUUUUGGGCGCACAGUCUUACAUGGUGGGGCUAAGUACAGAGCCACUGGCCGUGGUUUUGUUGUACGGCAUGAGAAGUUUGCAGAGAACUAUAGAAUGUACUCAAGAAGCCAUUUCGUGAAAGGAAUGGAGCUGAUGAUAUUGCUUAUAGCAUAUGAGGUUUAUGGGUCAGCAGCUAGUGAUCCUGCUACUUAUAUUCUCUUCACGUGCUCAAUGUGGUUCCUUGUGGCUUCUUGGUUGUUUGCUCCUUUUCUUUUUAACCCUUCAGGAUUUGAAUGGCAGAAGAUAGUGGAUGAUUGGGAUGAUUGGUCAAAGUGGAUGAACAGCCGAGGGGGUAUUGGUGUUCCGGCAAACAAGAGCUGGGAGUCCUGGUGGGAGGAGGAGCAGGAGCAUCUUCAGUACACUGGAUUUCUAGGACGGUUCUGGGAGAUUGUUCUUUCUCUGCGCUUCUUUAUCUAUCAGUAUGGAAUUGUUUAUCAUCUACAUGUGGCCAAUGGUGAUAAAAGCAUUGUUGUUUAUGGUCUUUCAUGGCUGGUCAUUGCUGCUGUGAUUAUCAUCUUGAAGAUUGUGUCCAUGGGUAGGAAGAAGUUCAGUGCAGAUUUCCAACUGAUGUUCAGGCUUUUGAAGCUGAUCCUGUUCAUUGGGUUCAUAGGCACCCUGGUGAUACUAUUUGUAUUCCUGAGUCUCACAGUAGGAGACAUCUUUGCCAGCCUACUGGCCUUCAUACCAACUGGAUGGGCACUUCUUGGGAUAUCACAAGCAUUGAGGCCAGCAGUGAAGGCCUUAGGAAUGUGGGGGUCUGUAAAAGCUCUAGGACGAGGAUACGAAUACAUGAUGGGGCUGUCGAUCUUUGCACCAGUGGCUAUCCUGGCAUGGUUCCCAUUUGUCUCAGAGUUCCAAACCAGGUUGUUAUUCAACCAAGCAUUCAGCAGAGGACUUCAGAUCCAACGUAUCCUUGCUGGUGGGAAGAAGAACAAAUGAAACUAGCAGAGUGAGGCUGUGAUGAUAGAGCCCAGCAAGAAGAGACAAAAAGUGACUGAUUAAAGGAGACACAGAGAGACAUUGAAGCCAAAUGACAGAGAUGGAGAAUGCAUACUGUGAUAUAUGUGCUCAAAUAGGUGUUUUCUCUCUACCUCCUGUUUCUUCUGCUUCUGCUUGGAACCCUCCUUGUAAUGUGUGGGGAAAAAAAUACCAGUUGCUUGUCUGUGAAGUCACUUAGAGCAGCCAAUAAAUGCUUCAGUACCAUGUUUUCACUACGCUCAUAGGGCAAACCUGCCUGCUAUUGAAAUCCCCUCUGCAAAGUCCCUAACACAUUCACCAACAAUAAUAGAUUAUAAGAGAGUUUAAAACGAUUGCGGAGUCUCAAUUCAAGGCAGCUGCAGAUUGGCAAUGCCCAGGGUCAGGGUCCUACUCCAACCCCAACUACCUAUCUACUUGGGUAUAUGCAUUCUAUGUUGAUGUAUAAAUCUUGCAAGAUGUCCCAGUAGAACUCAUGAUUCAAGUUUAGAAAGUUCAUAAUUUCAAUAAAUACUUUUUUUUUAGUGACCA